AUGGUUUCGUGCUUCCUGAGCUGCUUCCAUAGUUUUGCUCCGAAGCUUUCAAGCAGUCAGAAACAGCCACCUACGGCUGGCCGAAGACUUGGAUCCAUGGUCGCCACCACUCAAAGCCAGUUCCACGAGCGGCUUUUGCAUGCAGCAGUGGCAUCCGCAUGGUCCAUCGCCGCAGAGGAGGAUCCGCCAUUGCCUGGAUCGCCUGAAUACGUCGGAAGCGACGUGGCCAGGCUCGCUGCCAGGCCUUUCAGCCACAGCUUUCUGGCGCCAAGCCAGGCAAGCUCAGUGCCCACAGGGCGUACUGCAUCUGCACAGCGCUGUCACUUGCAUCAGCGGGCACAUCCUGGGUGCCAACGAUGCGCGGAAUGGAAGCGCCAUGGAAGUGCUGAGACGGAGAGUUUUCGUCACGCCAAGCAGAGACCACACCAGGAGGAGAACCCUGAACGGGAGCCUAUGAGAGGAGACGAGGACUGGGAGCAGCAGUUGGGCUUCAACACGCGGCUGCAGAGCCAAAUCUUUCAGUCGGACUAUUUCAGAAGCAUGCAGCACCACGUCACCAACGUCGAAUCCCUGGUGGAGGAGAUUCUGACUCAUGCAGAUCAUGCGGAGCCCUACACACCGAAUUCGAACAACACCAUGCCUUCCACACUCCUUUGUUGCGUAUGCCGCCUGGCCCAGUUGCAGCCUUCGAAGGAUCAGUUGCGCGACCUCGUCGGCUUCCGAGCCGCUGCACGCACGGGCUCGGCCUACGUGCGCGCGGUCGCGCUGCUGCACCUCCGCUUCAACUGCCCGCCCACAGAGGCCUGGCGUUGGCUGCGAAACUUCCUCUUCGACACCGAGGUCUUCAGGCCAACCGGCGGCCCUACCUCGGUUCCGAUGUCCAUGGGCGACUGGGUGGAGCAUUUGCUGACAGAUGACAAGUACUACGACACGGUGCUGCCACGUUUGCCCUUGGGCUUGAAGAGGGAGAUGGCCUUGGAAUUGGUUCAGCUGCCGGAGCUUCGCCAGGCCUAUUCCAAGCACCGCUGCCGCUUCGAUCAGCAUCGCCUCAUCGGUGCCCGUGUGCGGGUGCUGCGGGGCACGACCUGGCACUAUGCACAGGUGCUUUCUUCAUGUGUGAUGGGCCGUUCGCUCGUCGUGGACGUUCAGCUGGAGGACGGUUCACAGGAGGAAGUACCUUGUGGGCUGGUGCGCCUUCAGGAGCCACGGCCACGCGGCUCGUGGCAGCGCUCGAGAUCUCCCAAGUUGCAAGGUUCUCCCAGGACCGAAGAAAAGCUGCGUGAGGAGUACCUGCGGCGCGAUCGGGAGAAGGCGGUGACGGAAGACAAGAAUGAUUACUUCAAGCCAAUUCCCAAGCUCAAGAAGAUGCUGAUGACCAAAGACCAGAGUCUACGCAACGUGGCGCCCGAUCGCGUGGGUGUCACACCUGUGGUGAAGCUGCUCAAGGAGCCCAGGGAGCCCAAGGAGGUGCACCGAGAACCGCGGGAAGCGCCAAGGGGUGAGACGUCCUCACGGCAGUUGCUCUUGGAGGUUGUCCAGAAGUACAGCUCCGGCAGCGCGGCUCGACAUGACCGAUUGGAAUACCACGACUGGCAUCGGGCCGUGAACUCCGGAAAUGAGGUUCUCGCGCCAGAGACCAUCCGCCUCGGCUGA